AUGCUGCAGACGCGGCUAGCACAAGCUGCCAGGCCAUCUGCGCUACUGCGCCAACCGUUGCCGCGCACACUGCGCCCGCGGCAGCUCCACGCGCCGCCAUCUCGCCCGCCUCCUCCUCCUCGAUCGCCCGUCGCACCUCGACCACGACCAGGCCACGGCGAGCAAGGGCACUCGCAGCACGCCCACUCGCGCCUGCACUAUGCCCUCGUGCCCGUCGCACUCGGCCUCGGAGGCCUGUCGUCGACCCUCCUGUGCGACUCGCCGCCCGAGCCGAAGCACUCGCUCAAGUCGAUCCUCGCCAACGUCGAGAAGCCCAACACGGACGAGUUCCUCGUCGCCGUCAACGGGCGCGUCGUCGAGGACGACGACGACCUGCCGGGCGGCCGCCGCUGGGUGCGGCGAGUGCGCCGGUUCCUGCGCGAGUACCUCGUCGAGCCCCUCGCGACGAGCGUGCGCUUCGUCCAGCUCGCCCUCAUCUUCCUCCCCGUCAUCAUGUCGGCCCCAAUCCUCGCCCUCGAGCUCGUCGACGAGACGCGCGACCGCCGCCGAGGCCGCAAGGUCCGCACGAGGGAGCGCAAGACGACCCGGUGGUGGUACCGUCUCCUCGUCCACCAGAUGGAGAUGGCCGGUCCGACUUUCAUCAAGCUCGCCCAAUGGGCCGGCUCGCGCACCGACCUGUUCCCCGCCGAGCUGUGCACCCUGUUCGGCCGGCUGCACUCGCAGGGCGGCGGCCACUCGUUCCGCUACACCAAGCGCGUCAUCGAGCGCGCGUUCGGGCUCCCGUUCGCCCAGAUCUUUGCCGAGUUCCGCGAGGAACCGCUCGGCAUCGGCGCCAUCGCCCAGGUGUACCGCGCCGUCCUCAACCCGGACCUCCUCCCCGAGGACUACCUCACGCUCAAGCACGUCGAGGACCCGGCCCCGACGGCGCGCCUCACGCGCACGAUCGCGCCCAGGACCGACGACAAGCGGCCGCCCCGAGUUCCCGGCGCGACCGUCGCCAUCAAGGUCCUGCACCCGGGCGUCGAGAAGAAGAUCCGGCGCGACCUCAAGAUCAUGAUGUUCUUCGCCAAGGCGCUCAACGCGCUCCCCGGCAUGGAGUGGCUCAGCUUCCCCGAGGAGGUGCAGGUCUUUGGAGAGAUGAUGAUGAGCCAGGUCGACCUGCGCAUCGAGGCCAACAACCUCGUCACGUUCGAGAAGUUCUUCAUGCACCGCCCGACCGUCUCGUUCCCGCGCGCCCUCAAGCAGUACACGGCGCCCCGGGUCCUCGUCGAGGAGUUUGAGGACGCCGUCCCGCUCGAGGCUUUCCUCCAGAACGGCGGCGGCGCGUUCGACCACCGCAUCGCCAACCUCGGGCUCGACGCCUUCCUCAACAUGCUCCUCAUCGACAACUUUGUCCACUCGGACCUUCACCCCGGCAACAUCAUGAUCAAGUUCUUCAAGCCCUCGACCCGGAGCGUCCUCAACUCGCUGUGGGCUACGUGGCGCGACAAGCCCGAGCCGGACGCGGCCGAGUCGAGCGACAACCCUCGCGGGCUCGAGAUUGUCCACCGCCUGCGGUCGCUCAAGCACGACAAGGAGGCGUGGCUCGCCGAGCUCGACGCGCUGCACGCCGAGGGGUUCGAGCCCGAGAUUGUCUUUAUCGACACGGGCCUCGUCACGCACCUGAGCGACACGAACCGGCGCAACUUUCUCGAGCUGUUCACGGCCGUCGCGAGCUUUGACGGGUACCGCGCCGGGCAGCUCAUGGUCGAGCGGUGCCGCGCCCCGGAGCUCGUCCUCGACGAGGAGACGUUCGCGCUCAAGAUGCAGAAGCUCGUCCUGAGCGUCAAGAGCCAGACGUUUUCGCUCGCCAAGAUCAAGAUCUCGGACGUCCUGUCGCAGGUGCUCAACAACGUGCGCGACCACCACGUCAAGAUGGAGGCCGACUUUGUCAACACGGUCAUCUCGAUCCUGCUCCUCGAGGGGAUCGGGCGCCAGCUCGACCCGGAGAUGGACCUGUUCAAGAGCGCGCUUCCGAUCUUGCGCCAGCUCGGCAAGCAGGUCGGCACCGAGCAGGUCAUGAGCCAAGCGGGCAAGAUGGACUUUCAGAGCCUCGCGAGCAUGGCCAAGGUCUGGGUCUGGAUCGAGGCGCGCCAACUCGCGUCCAUCGCCAAAGGCGACGUCGACGACUUUGUCCGCUACGACUACCUCAUGCCCAACGUCUAG